AUGGAGGCUUUCGCAGUUGCAAGAUCUUCGUCGUUGUCUUCUUUGCCCGUCGUCGUUCUCGCCUACAAGACCACGCCGCCUCCUCGCAAGAACAACGCCUCGCCGCCCCGCAAGCAGAAGCCACCCACCAUCGCCGAGGUCCAGAGGGCCAUUGGCGUCGCCGACGAGCCCUUCCUCCGCUCACCUGGCGGAUCCGAAUCUUCUUCUUCCUCUUCUCCUCCUUUUCUCGGGUUCUUCAUGCAGGAGAGCGCCGCGGAGAGGAAGCUCCGGGAGGCCGCCGAAUGGAUGGUCGAACGCACCGAGGCCCAGGCGCAGUCUGGGCAAAAGAUGUUGUUGCUUUUAUGUCUGAACAUCCUACCUGUGUGGCUUUUACUACUCUUGGUGGCUUCUGGAGUUUUUAAGUUGCCGUUUGAUCUUCCAAUUUGGAAAGACAUCAUCUCCUGA